AAAAUUAUUGAAAAGAGUGGAAAACAAUAUGGAUUGUGAAAUAUUACAGGAAGAUCUAAAUAAGAUAUAUAAAUGGAGUAAGAAAUGGGAAAUGGAAUUCAGUGCAAAGAAAUGCAAGGUGAUGGAAUUAGGAAAAAGCAAAAGAAGACUGACAAGUUCCUACACCAUGGGAGAAGUGGAAAUUAAGAAAACCAAAGAAGAAAAAGACUUGGGAAUUACAAUCAGUGAUAAUUUAUCACCAGAAAAACCUGUAAACAAAAUAGUUGGGGAAACACAUGAAUUACUAAGAAAGAUGAAAGGGGCAUUUGCUUACAUAGAUGAAGAGAUGAUGAGAAAGUUGAUUGAAUAUGUGAUUCAACCAAAAGUGGAAUAUGCCACAAUUGUUUGGUCACCCCAUAAUAAAAAGGAAAUAAGGAAAAUAGAAAGGAUCCAAAGAGCUGGAACCAAAUUGGUACCAAUUUUGAGAGAUUUAACCUAUAAAGAAAGAUUAAGGAGAUUGAAGCUUCCAUUAUUACAAGAGAGAAGAGAAAGAGGAGACCUGAUUGCUAUAUACAGAGCUUUAAAGGGUAAGGAUAUAGUUGACAAAGAAGACUUAUUUGUGUGGGACUCAAGAGAUACAAGAGGACAUGGAGUAAAAUUGAAGAAAACAGCAAGUAGAAGAGAUGUCAAGAAAUAUGGUUUCCCAAAUAGAAGCAUAGAAAUAUAGAACAACUUAGAUGAAACAGUGGUACAUGCAACAAAUAUUCAUGAAUUUAAAGUUAAGCUGGAUGCUUAUAGAUAUGGAAACAGGACAGCACGAGCAUAGCUCUUUUCCUGUAAAACACAACUAGGUAAAUACAACUAGGUAAACACACACACACACACACACACACACACACACACACACACACACCAUCAUCACUAACUACAGUCACAAAGUGGUGCGAGAACAGAAUAAGCUAUGGGAGUGAAUGGUGCAUUGUCAGGGCACAGUGAUGUGUUUGUAAUUAUGUGGUCAUUGUUAAGUCAUGUGUACAUCCAUGGUUUUCAGCUGUGUUGGUUUUGUGUCUGCUUUAUCACAAUUAAGAAUACAUUUUUUAGCUGUGUUCAUCUCAUGUCUAAUUUAACAUGAGAAAUAAUCUGUAAUUUUUAGCUCUUUUAAUUUUGUGUCUAAGUAAAUAUGAUUCGUAAUUUAUGAUUUACCAUGAAGAAUAAUCUUUAAUUUUACUUUUUAUUUUCUAACAACAUAAAGAAUUAAUAAUUUUUUUUAACUGCAUUCAUUUCAUGUCUAAUUUCACAUGAUCAAUAAGAGUUACAAGCAACAUAUGUGAACAACAUAAUAUUUACAACAGAGUUUACAAGGACUGGUUUUACUGCUCCAGGAUGUGAACUCUUCUGCUGUCAUUUCAUUCUGAGAUUAAAAUAGAGGGUUUUAUUGCCUUGCAUCAAGACUCUGUUUGCUUUUAUGACAUAGUGUGGAUAUGUUGUGAUAUACUGUACAUAUCUGCAUUUUAAUGGAGACAUGAUAUAUAAAUGAUUUCUGUAGAAAAA